UCAAUUAAUGAAGCAAUGACUUGCGUUAUUCGGAGCCCCACCGAUCUUUUUCCUCUGCUUCACUUCAUCCCUCUACUAUCUGUCUCUGCUUCAAACAAAAGCCUCGUUCUCUCCGUAGCAUCCUUCUCUCUUUGCUUCUGGUUCAACUAACUACGUAAAACGAAACCGAUACAUGAAAGAUUUGGAUUCGUUUCGGGGGCAUCGGAUUCGGAGCAGUUUCAUGUGAUGAUUGGAAUGAGGAUGCAGUUCUUGGUGUCAGUCUAAGUCCUUUAGGGUUUUCCAUUUAUGGCUAUCAGAGGCGUCGAUUUCAAGUGGUACGAUGGCUUCUUGUUGUCGAUGCUGGCCACAAAUCUAAUCAUUGUUGCAAUCAAUUGGAAAAGAUAUCAUCUUUGCACAUACCCGUUGCACAUAUGGAUUGUGGUUGAUUACACUGCUGUUUUUGUUUUUCGCCUCUUGAUGUUCAUAGACAAUGGACUUGCCGCUGGAAUGGGUUUGGAUUUUGGGUGGCAGCAGCAGUAUGCUCGUUUUUGUGGAAGAAUAGUGGUCCUUUCAAUUCUUUCUUUGCUACUCUAUCCUUUUCUUUGGGCUUGGACUAUAAUUGGUACACUCUGGUUCAUGACUGCAAGAAAUUGUUUGCCAGAAGAAGGUCGGAAAUGGGGUUUUAUUAUUUGGUUGCUUUUCAGCUACUGUGGACUCCUUUGUAUUGCUUGCAUGUCCAUGGGAAAGUGGCUUACACGAAGACAAGCGCACCUAUUACGUGCUCAACAAGGAAUUCCUAUUUCAGAAUAUGGGGUUUUGGUUGACAUGAUCCGAGUACCAGAUUGGGCAUUUGAAGCUGCUGGUCAAGAAAUGAGGGGCAUGGGACAAGAUGCCGCGGCAUACCAUCCUGGACUUUACCUGACUCCUACUCAGAGAGAAGCAGUGGAGGCACUCAUUCAGGAACUUCCAAAGUUCCGGUUAAAGGCUGUUCCAACUGACUGCAGUGAAUGUCCCAUCUGCCUAGAAGAGUUCCAUGUAGGGAAUGAGGUCCGUGGCAUGCCUUGUGCACAUAAUUUCCAUGUAGAAUGCAUUGACGAGUGGCUUCGUCUGAAUGUGAAAUGUCCACGGUGCCGUUGCUCAGUUUUCCCAAACCUUGAUCUUAGCGCCUUAUCCAAUCUUCGUACUGACUCUGAACGGCCCCCUGCAACUGUUGUAACAACCUCCAGAUAUGUGAGAACCCAACCUUCAAGCCAGAGCAAUCUGUUGAGAUUGCAGGGUCUGCUCCGACCAGUGCGUACAGAGAAUACAGGGGCUUCCAGCUAUGUAGAUGUUGAUUUGGAAGCUGUGGAGAAUGGAAAUGCAGUUUUGGCAACUAGAGUAGCAACAGGUGUGGAGCCAGUUUCCUCAAUUGGAAGCAUGCUUGUUGGUGAGUCCUCCCCACCUCAACACUAGUCUCUUAACCAAUUUCUGACCUUGUACAAGAAAGAAUACUCCUUGACGGCAAUACAACUCAUUCAUGUAAGGCUUAUGAACAGAAAAAUCCGUAAUGAUAUAUAUACUUAACUUUUUUUUUAUUUAUCCAACGGAGAGAAAAUCUAAGUCAUGUUUGUCCCCGGUCGUCUAAUCACUGUACUGAUUUCACACUUCUACGAAGAGAAAAAUCACUCCCAACAGUUUGCUUGUGCA